AUGGAGAGUGCGAGUGCGGGGCUAUCUUGUGGCCAUAAAAUUCCAUGUGAGUUCUUCAAAGUUUUUCUUACAAACAGAGGUUCUACCCAGUUGCAAAUACCAAGAUCUUUCACUAAGUUUUUCACUGGAAUCCCACCAUGUAAGGUCAUUCUUGUAGAACACGAUGGAAAACAUUGGGAUGUUAAGGUGGAAAAAAUCGAAGGUCGUUUGGUUUUUAAAAGUGGGUGGCAGGAAUUUUCCAAGGAGAAAAAUUUAGAAGAUUGCGACUUUUUGGUUUUUGAGUAUGAUGGUAAAACUACUUUUAAUGUGAAGAUAUUUGGGAAAACUGGGUGCAGGAAAGUGGCUGCACCUCCAAAAGUUGUUCCCAUUGUGGAUUUGGAAGAAGAUUCUGAUGAGCAUAGUCAUGAAAUCCAGAACAAUGGUGUACGGAAACGUCCACUCCCAAGUCCCAAAACAAAUGUGAAAUCAGAAGGUGCAUGUCCAUUCAAAGAAGCUCAGCGCAAAUCAAAAAGAAUGAAGGAAGGAAAAGAUAAAAUGAAUGACGAGAAACCUGCGCUUACAAAGCUUGUUCCAUUGGAGAAUGCUCAUUUUCAAAUAUGUUUUGAUACUCCAUAUAAACUAAAAAGAGUGGAAUUUCCUAGAAAAAUGUUUAAAAUGAAUAUGAAGCUGCUUCGGUAUAUAACUCUGAGGGAUGAGAAUGGCAAGUCAUGGCUGGUGAUGAUCAAUUCCUCAUCGAAUUAUGAUCGUAGUUUUUUGGGAAGUGGAUGGAUGGCUUUCAAGGAGAGUAAAAACAUUCAAGUAGGGUCUCGAUGUGAUUUUCAGUUUGUUGUUGACAAAGCAAAUGUGGCCAGAGAACUGCAUGUGCGCGUGCUUUCGAAGAUAAAGAAGAAAUAGUUUAGUGCAUGGCUUAUCAUUUUGGUGUGAAUUAAGAUUGCACUAAUCUUGUGGGUGUGUGAUCCUUGAAACCUUUAUAAUGGUUUGCUCUUGGGAGAGGGAUGUGAACAAGAGGUUUUUGCUUUACAUUUUAUUUGUACAAGUCGUUUAGCUCUUUUAUCGUUGCUAUCAAAGGCCAAGGUAUUCACAUUUAGCACGAGCU